AUGUUGGAGACCGCUCAGAAAGCCGCGGGGAAAGCGAAGGCGAAUCGGCCUCGAACCUCCGCCGUCGCCGAUGUCAACGUCGCGGCUCCGCGGUCCGCUGGCGCGGCAGCGGAGCCCAAGAAGGCAGGGGACGGCGAGUCCCCGUCCCCUGCCUCCGCCCCGGCGGAGAAGGAGCAAAGCACGCCCGCGGAGCAGCUAGCGCCGGGGCUUAAAAGAGGGUUCGGGGGCACGACGUACAAGCUCGUCGAGAGCGGGGCUUUCGAGAUCUCGGACCACACGACGGACAGAGUCAGGCAGACACCGACGCCGCGCACGCUGGUCGUGACGGUCAUUCUCCCCGCGGAUGCGGAGUCGACGCGCAAGCUGGACGUGGUGGUGGCCCUGAGGAAGCUGACCAUCGGAGUCCUCGGCGACCCAGAGGGAAGCUCGCCCAGAUACCUCGACCUGCCGCUGCCGUACGACGUGGAAGACGACUCCAAGUGCUCGGCUGUCCGCGACAAGUCGGGCCUGCUCAAGAUCACGAUGCCGGUCAAGCAACCCGCUGCACCGCCGUUAACCGUACCACCACCACUACCGGCGGCGGCGACGGCGAGGGUUUGCAGUGAUGGAGGCCGGGGUGGUGCCGCCGCUGCCACCGAUAUCGAUGGCGUUUCUGAGGAGCACAAGGAAACCCUCCCCGACGAGGAGUUGAAGCACGACAUCACCACAAACAAGGCCGAACAGACGAGUGCAUCCCCUGACACGACUCAGCAGUGCAACCCGGACCACUCCCGGUGGGUCGACGAAGCCCCGCAGAGUGAGGUGCUGCAGAAGCCUUGGGAGGCGUUGCCAGCGCCACCGGAGAAGCAAGGGGAAGCGCGCUCACUGCUUCCGACCCCCCCGCCGCCGCCGCUGCCCCCCGGUGCUGCGGAAACGCCGGGGGUCGUUUCACAGCAGCAACACGAGGAGGAGGAAAAUGAAGAGGAGGGGCAGCAGGAGCAGCAGCAGGAGCAGCAGCAGCAAGAGGAGGAGGGGAAGGAGGGGGAGGAGCAGCUGCAACAGCAGCAGCAGGAGGAGAAGAAAGAGGAGCAGGAGCAGCAGCAGCAGGAGGAGGCUGAGGAGCAGCAGGAGCAGCGGCGGCGGCGGCGGCAGCAACAGAAGGAGGGAGAGGAUAACGACCUGGAAGAACAGCUUGCAGAGGAUAAGGACAAGCUUUUCAUCCAGUCCGAGCGCUUCAUCAGGAAGGUGGACGGCUACGAGUUUAAGACUGGAGCCAAGGGCUGCGGGUACUACCGCGACGAUUCUCGCAAGAAGGUUCCCCGCAUCUCGUGGAACGAGAACAUCAAGACAGUAUGCGGUGUCGUGGACGUGCCAAACAUCGUGGACGCCUCCGUCUACUACGGUUUCGCCGAGAACAGGAUGGUGCUAUCGUUCGACGCAGAGACCCGGGGGCAGUCCGACGGUGGAGGCGCGCGGGUGGAUCGCUACAGGACGGAGUUGGUCUUGGCGGGAGGCGUAGCCGCGAACAAGUGCUCCCACGAUACUGCCGAAGACAACCUGGUAUUGAAGCUGGUCAAGUCCCCCGAGCGCGAAUGGGGAUUGAACCCUGCCCCGACAAAAGCCACAGAGGUGGCCAGCAAGAUCGACGACCUUAUAGAAAUCGCUGCGGCGGCGGCGGCGGGGCCCCGGGAGGCGGGGGCGGUGGCACGGGGGGGUGUCCAAGAGGAGGGCCCGCCCGCUCCAGGGUACGAGGGUAGCCCGCCGGCACAGGCCGAGGUCCUACGCAAUUCGUUGGCGUAUGAAAUCGAAUGAAAAAUGUCAAGAUCGGCCGAACAGGAAAGCGGAACGUCGUGGCUGUAUGUUUCUGUCAUGGCCUUUGCGCACCUUGCUCUGUAAUAGUCGUAUAUGUGCAUACAUGUAGUCGCUGUGUAGUGGUAAUAGUUUUACCAUGAUUCUUAGAAAUUUGACGUCGUGUGUUUGUGUCGUGGUAUUGUCUGUGAAAAACGCAGCUUGGAAUCGCGGGAACUCGUGAGUCAGAUGAAGAGAAACAUUCACUGUGUCGAAGUUGAUGUUAUCGUUCGUGUGGGUUUCGGUGGAUUCUAUGGCGUUCUGGUUGCCCUCUCGUUCGCACAGUUCUACUUCAAGGUGUGUUGACCGGUUGAGAUGAUGCAGAAUUUAGAAUUUAGCACGUGUUCUUGGUUGAUACUGCUGUCUGAUUUAUUUCUUUAGUUGUUUCGUGAUUUUCCUUGCCAAGCGGGGCGAACCUAAAUCUAAAACUCCUCUUUGUCUUUGAGGUUGGAAAGGAGCUUGUAGGAGUGUGUGGCCAAAGCCUCGUGGAGGACCCCAACACAUUGAAUGAUAUCCAAGGAGAGAACGCCUCGAUUCACUGGUUUUUACCUUGCCUGAGAGCGUACUCAUGAUGAUCAAGACUUUUUUUUCUCCCAUCAUUGGAUUCUGUCGCCUGCCCCUCUGGCCCCUAUCCUCCACUUCUACUAGCUAGACGACCCAACCGGGGUCACACAAGGGAGGGGGGGUUGGACCCCCUCCUGCGGUUCCUGCCUGAGAUAUUUUGAUCGCGAGAAGGGUACAGCAAAGACUGUACACACCUAAAUAAAGGCCGUGGAAACGCCGGUCGGUCCGGUGUCAAGUCUUCAUUUACGGAUUUAUGGGGCAUCACCAAAACAGUUCCUAACUUGUGACACUUCCGGUGGGACGCAUGUGGCGGACGGACGUGGUGCGCCCCCAUCAGAUUUCACUUACCUGUCCGCCGAAGAAGAACAUAUUACAGAGGGGUGGUCAAUCGACUCGCCGCCCGCGGGUAGGGUUACGGCUACUACUUUGGAUUUGUUUUUUUCCUCGUGUCAGUUGCUAAUCCCAAAAUCUAGCAACGACUCGGUCCGUGGUCACAAAAAUGCUAGAGCCAUCAGAAGAUCUAAAGAAUUCGCACAUAUUAGCAAGAAAAUGGUACACAAGCCCGAGGAGGUAUACACCUACAACCCCUGCAGCACGUUUGCGUGCUCACAACUGAACUACACGCCCA